AUGAACUGUGUGACCCUGGCAUACGCUCCGUACUUCAUCGCCUACAAGUAUUCAGUUGACUUACCGCAACUAUUUUUCCCUGUUUUAGGUCUAAACGAAUAUAGUUCAUUUUGGCGAUGUGCUCAAGCGGGUGGUGGUUAUUUUCUUACACAACUGAUUAAACUGCUACUUUUGGCUACGUUUUUCCCCGCUGGUGAUACUGAGGGAUUUGCAGUUCUCCCGGAGCUACUGAAGAGCAGCGCGGACGUUGUUGAUGUCAUUGGUAUGCAUCUUGUAAUGACACAUCUGCUCAAUGGAAAGGGAGAGGUACGGUUCCUCGUGGGCGGACUUGGGUGGGGUGCUGCACAUUCGAUGGCGAGCAGCUUCAUUUUAUUCUGGGUUGGAGCCAGGGCCUCGGCUUUCUCGUGGCGAUGGAUUCAGAUGGCACUUGAAUCGUCUUCUGAUCUCAUUCUCUUUGUCGCUAUGGCAGCUUUAACAUGGAUGGCAACUCGUGCAGCGAGCAGACACUUGGUGUUCAUGCUUCUGACAGCUUGCGUUUUCCACACAUUUGUCAAUCAGUGA